AUCUUGUGAUAGGGGUUUAGGUCUAGUACUACCUGAAAUUGUCUGAGUUCAAGCGGGCUGCUACAUCUGCGCUCCCGAGCAUGAGGAGUCCAUGGAUGGCAUGGCAGUCGCCAUGCCUGGUUUUCGUGGUGGCAUUAUGCUUGAUUGCCACCAGCACCAAGGCUGAUGAUAACAAGGAUAAGCCCUAUGAUUAUGCUUCUCCUCCCCCACCUUACUACUACAAUUCACCUCCGCCACCUUCACCUUCGCCUCCACCACCUUAUUAUUACAAAUCUCCACCCCCACCAUCCCCGUCACCUCCUCCUCCAUACUACUACAAGUCCCCACCACCUCCGUCACCAUCUCCGCCUCCACCAUACUACUACAAAUCGCCGCCUCCACCAUCUCCAUCACCACCUCCGCCCUAUUACUACAAAUCACCACCACCUCCAUCUCCAUCGCCACCACCUCCUUACUACUAUAGAUCUCCACCUCCACCAUCUCCUUCCCCACCUCCUCCAUAUUACUACAAGUCUCCUCCACCCCCAUCGCCAUCACCUCCCCCUCCUUACUACUACAAAUCCCCACCUCCUCCAUCACCAUCGCCACCUCCUCCAUAUUACUACAAAUCGCCACCUCCACCAUCUCCAUCGCCACCUCCUCCAUACUACUACAAAUCUCCACCUCCUCCAUCCCCAUCCCCUCCUCCCCCAUACUACUACAAAUCUCCACCUCCGCCCUCACCAUCGCCUCCUCCUCCUUACUACUACAAGUCUCCUCCACCACCAUCUCCAUCACCUCCCCCACCCUACUACUAUAAAUCACCACCCCCACCUUCGCCAUCACCUCCACCUCCCUACUAUUACAAAUCACCACCUCCACCAUCGCCAUCACCACCGCCUCCAUACUUCUACAAAUCACCACCUCCACCAUCCCCAUCGCCACCUCCUCCUUACUACUACAAAUCACCACCUCCACCAUCCCCAUCCCCACCACCUCCCUACUACUACAAAUCCCCACCACCUCCAUCGCCAUCUCCACCUCCACCAUACUAUUACAAGUCGCCGCCUCCACCAUCAUCAUCCCCACCUCCUCCCUACUACUACAAGUCACCUCCUCCACCAUCACCAUCCCCUCCUCCUCCCUACUACUAUAAAUCACCACCCCCACCAUCACCAUCACCACCUCCUCCAUACUACUACAAGUCACCACCUCCACCUUCUCCAUCCCCACCUCCUCCAUACUACUACAAAUCCCCUCCACCACCAUCUCCAUCCCCACCUCCUCCAUACUACUACAAGUCACCACCUCCACCUUCUCCAUCCCCACCUCCUCCAUACUACUACAAAUCCCCUCCACCACCAUCUCCAUCCCCACCUCCUCCAUACUACUACAAGUCACCUCCUCCACCUUCUCCAUCCCCACCUCCUCCAUACUACUACAAUUCCCCUCCACCACCAUCUCCAUCUCCACCCCCUCCAUACUACUACAUGUCUCCCCCACCUCCCAAAGGCUAUUAAUAGCCCCAUUUCUCUGGCUAUGUAGAAAGGUCGAGAGAAUAAACAGAAAUUUCAAAGGAGAGCAUUUGAGACUGUCUUCCGAUCAAGCCAUCAGCUAUUUUAUUCGAUAAGUUGGAGUUCAUUUGAAAGAAAUAAAGGAAUUUAAGCACGCCAUGCUUUACAAUUUCAUUCGUUUGUAACGUACAUGUACUAUAGCGAAAUGUUGUUAUGUUGUGUUGGGCCACGCAUUUGAUUUAUAUGUACUAUAUGUCGUGAACUUGUGGGUCUUUUCUGAAUAAAAAAGAUCUCUCAUAUAUACUGAGGUUCUCAGUUCA